UCUAACCACACUGCAGAUCUUGACACUGGCUCUGCAUUAGUCCUGACCAUUGAAAGUACAUUAAUCACUGCCUGCUCCUCAGAGUCUUUAGUUAGCAAAGGUCAUUUUAAGAACUUUUGUAUCCGCUUUGCUGAUGGCUUUGAGACAAGUUGGGAUGAUUGGAAACCAGAAAUACGAGGAGAUCUAGUCAUGAAUGCAUGUGUUGUGCCAGAUGGUACAUACGAAGUAUGCUCUAGGACAACGGGGCAAGCUGCAGCAGAAAGUAGUAGUGCUGGAACCUGGACACUCAAUGUGUUAUGGAAGAUGUGUGGUAUUGAUGUCCACAUGGAUCCAAACAUUGGAAAGAGGCUAAAUGCUUUAGGCAACACUCUAACAACAUUGACAGGAGAAGAAGAUAUUGAUGAUAUUGCUGACCUUAACUCUGUAAACAUAGCUGACCUGUCGGAUGAGGACGAAGUUGACACUAUGUCUCCCACUAUACAUGCAGUAAGUGAAUCAACCAAAAUAAAUGCUAAUAGUUAGAAAAGACUUGUCAAAGUUUUCCAUCAAA